AUGAAUAAAAAAGGAAUUUAUGUUUUAUGGGUACACGAUCAACAAUUCAGUAAAGAGGAAUUAGUAAUUAAUCCUGAGCAUUUCCCUAAAUUAAAGGUUGAUGAUGUUUUGGAAAUAUAUUCACCAAACAAUCCCAGUAAAAAACUAUGUUUAAGAGUUAAGCAGUUGUCACCAUUGAAGAAACAGUUACAGAUCAGUAUUAGCAAAUAUGUGGCAAAUGUAUUCGAUUUUGUGUCUAGAAAAGAAGUGGUUGUAAAUAUUAUACCAGAGAAGAAGGCACUAAUAGAUUUUGUGGAACUGUCAUUCAAAGAUCAAUAUAUAGGUCGUAGUGAUAUGUGGAGAUUAAAAUUAAAUUUAGAAAACGAGUGUGUAUACGCGUCCAAGAAAUUAUCAUUCGCGCAAAUUCGUGCACAGGUCGAGGAGAUGGUAUGCAAUGGACAAAAGGUUAGUAGUGGUUUAAUUGAUGAUUCAACAAAGUUUGUUUUCCGUUCUCGUUCAGCAAAGUUUGUAUUGUUCAUCCAAAUGAGCAAAGAAAUGUGGGACUAUAACUCUGAUGGCGAGUUGUAUUUUGAAAAAGCUGUGAAUGGUUUCUUAAAGAAUCUAUUUCAACGUUGGAAAUCAUUGUCCGUUAACCACACCAUAACCAUCAUUUUAUUCUCUAGAACUUUUCACGAUAGCGAUGACAUAUUAGACGAGUUUCCAAAUAUACCCAGAAAUGCUCAGGGUAGACUCUACCAGGAUUUCUAUAAAGUUGUUGUUAAUGAAGAGAGUAGACCUGAUUGGAGCUCAAUUAUUGUCACUCUUAAAAAGGAAUUUAAUGAUUAUCAUACAAGUGUAUUUUGGGAUAUUUAUGGUAGAAAUAGUGCAUUAGGUAAAAAUUCAACUGCAUCACAAGGUAAUUUUCUAGAGGCUAUUAAUUUAGGCAUGUCAUAUUUUGAUAAGCAUUAUAUUGAUAGAGAUUUUACAAGAACUGGUCAAAUGAUUGUUGUAAUUUCAGCUGGUACAGGUAUUUUUGAAGUUGAUCAAGAUAUCAAUUUAAUUACAAAACAAAGAAUGAUUGAUAAUGGUAUUGGUUGCGAUUUAAUUUGUUUAAAUAAUCACCCAUUACAUAUUGUGCCUUUAUUUAAAUUUUCAAGUGCUUUACCCGAUCAAUUUCAAUAUAAUUUUCCAUAUUGGUUAGCUAUAAGUUUUUAUGAUGAAAAUAAUACAACAACAACAGCAACAACAAAUAAUAAUAAUAAUAAUAAAAAAAAUAAGAUAUUUAUACCACAAUUUAAAAUACCAGAAAAAACCAAUGUAUUUUAUUAUGAUGUUGACGAAUCACCAAAAUAUGAUUUUUAUGUACCAAAAGAUCCAAGAAAACUACCGGCAUUUUCCACACCAAAAGCUAAUCAUAAAUAUACAUCAAAUUCAUUGGGUGUGAAUUCAUACGAAGAUACAAUUUUUAAUAUGCCGGUUGGUACUUCAGAUAUUAUGGACACAUCUAUAGAGAAUAAUAAUGGCAAUGAUGACCUCGAUACAGAACCAAGCGAUUUCAGCGAUACUGAAGAUAAUGUUUCCACAACUCCAAAUAAUGGUAUUGCAAAUUAUUAUCAUGCGAAUAGAGAUAAAAAAAGAUCGUCACUCCAAAUUGGUGGUGCACGUUCGUCAUCAUUUGAGGGUCAACGUACUAUAAUUGCUAAAAAAUAUACAUCAACUCAGCACCAACCAAUAGUCAGAAACAAUAAACAACAACAACAAAAAUACCACACAAUCUCUCCAUCCAACUCAUAUGAUCAAAAAUCGAAUAAUCAAUUGUUAAAACCGGGAAAAACUUUAACCCAACAGCAAAAAUUAAUUUUAAAGAAAAAGAAAGAUAUUAAUCCUUUUACAUAUGAUUCAACAACAUUCCAUUUAACAAGUAAUAGAAGAAGAUGGUCCCAUUUAUGGUUUUCUCCAAACACAUAUAUUUUUGGUAAAACCAAUACAAAUCCUAAUCCAUUCUUACCUAAUUGGAAAUCUUUAUGUGAACCCGCAUCUCUUCCAAUUACAACCGAUUAUUUCCCAUCACAAAAAGAUUUAAAAGCCAAAUAUAAAGAAUAUGUUCAUACUCUUACACUUGGUUUGGAUGACAGUGAGUACUUGAAUAAUAUUGAAGCUUUACUAAAAGAAUUAAUUUCUCAAAGAUUGGCUCAAGGUUAUCAAUUAAUUAUGAUUAGUUCAGAACCAAUCACAACAACAACAACAACCGCAACAACUUCAGGUCAAUCUAUGCCACCAUCACCACAGCUUUCAUCCACUCCACCCUCAAAUAUUUUAGCAAAUACAGCAACAGCAAGCAAUGGUAGUUCAUCAGCAGUAACCACAACCAAGGGAUUUAAAAGGUCAUAUCAACUUAGUUUAGGUCAUGAUUUUCAUUCAAUUACUUAUGAUUCAAAUAAUUUUAGUAUUCAAGUUAAACGUUAUCAACGUGAAAUGAGUAGAGUUAAUGUAAAUAAAACAAUCAAGUACCAUUACUAUUUGAAUACUGCUCAACUUCAAGGUUUUCUUUAUAAUACCAUCACUCUCCAACAUACCGAAUUACAACAAUAUCCAUGGAAUAUUCUUGAUAAUGUUAUUUGUGGUACUAUCCAAGGUUUUAGACCAAAUAUUAAAUACUGGAGAGUUUCAUAUGCAAUAGUUCCAACUGUUGAAAAUUCGAAUAAUCAAACUUUAUUAUUACAACAAAACCAAGAAAAGGCUGAAAAAGAAAAGAAUGAUGAAUCAUCACAAGUUAAAUUAGAGGACGAUAAAAAACAACCACAACCACAACCACAACCACAACCACAACCACAACCACAAUCAACAUCACAAUCACAACAAUUAAAUACAAAUGGAUCUACUUCAUCAUUACCAUCAUCAACUGUUAUUUCAACUUCAACUACUGAGACUGAUAUUAUUACAACAGCUUACAAUUCGUCAAGUAUUCCAACAGCUGCACCAUCGACUUCCACAAGCCAAGUCGUUUCACCACUUCAAUCACCAAGUUUAUCUCCCGUUAUUUUACCAUUAAAUAAAGAAUCUUCACAAUUAAAUGCCUCCACCACAGUUACUGCAACAUCAACAACCACUACAACCACAACCACUACCACUACCACAUCAACAACGUUAUCAGCUGCAGCUUCAACAUUAAUAGGUAGCCAAUCGGCACCAACUUCACCUCUAAAUUCACACAGAAAUAUUAACUCUAGUAGCAGUAAUCUUUUAAGUGGUAUAAGUAGUGCUAAUAAUAUUAUUGCAAAUAGUAAUGCAGCCCUAGCAAGUAUAAAAUCACCACCAUUACCAACAUUCCCAUCAUCAACCUCAUUGGUUAAUAGUAUUACUUCACCAACCAUGGCAACAACACAACCAGAUCUUUUACCAACAUCAGGUAGCAAUACAGGAACAACAUUAAAUUCAUCCAGCUCUGGUGAAAAUCCAAUUUUACCAGAACAAACUGAGGAGGAAAGAAUAGCAGCAUUUAAUAAGUUUAAAGAAUUUAUUACACAACAAAUUAAUAGAAACCAACAAGCGCUACAAAAUCAAUUGGGUUCAAGUACGGGCCAAGGUAGCUCUUCGUUAGCAUCAAGUAUGAGUGGUUCAGUAUCAACACUACAGCCAAGUCAAUUACAAAAAUUGGAUAUAAAAUCAGUAUUGUUUUCAUCGAUUGAGAAUAUUGAUUCAUCAAUUAUGAGUGCAGUUCAACUUCAGCAUCAACACCAGUACCAACAUUAUACUCAAAAUCAAAACAAUCAAAUACCAAGCCAAGAACAAAUUGAUUUAUUUAAAGAGAAAUUAUUCCCAUCAAAUAUUGAUGGAAUCUAUUACAGAAUGAACAUGCUCCAUCCAAUUGGUAUCAAAGUUGUUGAACGUAAAUAUGGUAUUAGAAGAACAAGUUAUAAGAAAUGCUUUUUAGGUUCUGAGGGUAUAGAUUGGAUGCUACAAAACGUAGAAAUAACUACAAGAGAAGAGGGUAUUGCAAUUUGCCAAAAGAUGAUGGAUACUAAAUUGAUUAAACAGGUUGAUAAGUCAGCAUUUGUUGAUGGUCAAAUUUAUUAUCGUCUAAAAGAGGAUGAAUUCAUUAGCCCACCAAUAAUUAAAAACCUUCCAUUACAUCAAUUACAAACACAAACACAAAUACAACAACAACAACAGCAACAACAACAACAACAGCAACCAUUACCACAAUCUCAACAACAAUCAUCACACUCGUUAUAUAAUAGUAAUUCAUCUCAACAACCUUUAUCUCAAUCUACAUCAAAUUCAACUAUUAGCUCACCUAAUAAAGAUAAUACACCAGAACAAUCUCCGAUUAGUUCACCAAAACAAUAUAGUAAGUUCACUUCAUCUAAUCAGGUACCACCAUUGGCAUCAUCAACAAGUGGCACUCCAUCAUCAUCCACACCAAAUGCAAAAGAGUCCGCAAUCAAGUCACAAAUGAACACACAUCCAAUUUCAUCUCUUUCAUCUUUAAUAAAUAAUCCAUCAUUAAGACAAUCGAAUACAGAAUAUUUAUCAUUAAACAAAGAAAAAGAAAAUAACAAUAAUAUUAGUAGUAAUGAUGAUAGUAAAGAUUUAACACCAAAUGAAAAUUCAUUAGCUGAAUCUUCACCAAACUCUGGUAGUUUAAAUUCAAUUGUUUCAUCCAUUCCAUCAGCCACACCAUCGAAUCCAUUAUUUACAAGUGGUACAUCAUUUAGUUUACCAAGCACUAAUAAUAAUAGUAGUAAUAAUAAUAAUAAUAAUAAUAAUAAUAAUAAUAAUAAUAAUAAUAUUAGUAAUUAUAACUCUCAAUACAGUAGUUACAUUAAUAAUACUAGUAAUAUAAUUGAAAAUUAUGAAAAUCCAAAUUCAAUUGCAGAAUCUAAAAUUGAAAUGGACUUAUCAAAAACUGAUCGUUUCGAAUGGAUAGUUAUGAAAUAUGAUAAAACAUUUUGCCCAACAAGGUUUUAUCAUAUCGAGUUUAAUUGGUUAGUCAGUACUGGUUGUGUAGUUGAUGAUUUUAUUAAUUCGUGUGUCAGAAAAGCAAAGCAAUUUGGUUUGUCUCUAAUACAAAUUCCAAUGGAGAAGAGUUACAGUCCUUUCUCAUUACCAACACAUGUUAAACUCUACCCAAAACUAAUGUCACCUCAAAUCUUAAAGCACAUUGUUACCAAAUUCAAUUUAAUUCCAGAUUUUAUUAGAAAAAGACCAUCAAGUUUAGUAAGAAGACAGGAUCUAUACCUCUUUAAUGAUUCAGAUAUUCCCUAUACUGAAUAUAUCCAUCGUACUGGUAUGCUAUUUGUUAGAGUAGUCGAAGAUGGUUUCUUAUGUUAUAUAAAUAAUGCUCCUUCAAACAGACAAUAUUUGCCAGCUGCUAUUCUCUGUUUAACAUCUUUCCAAACUCUCUGUAACCAACUAAAUCUAUCUUUGUCAUAUUUAUCAAACCAAAAUCAACAAAAAAGUACAUAUUCAUCACCAAGCUAUUAUGAUAGUGCUGAUAGUAGUAACAACAACAAUGUUUUAUUAAAACAAAUGGACCCACAGGAGGCAAAUUUCCUUUCUUUAUUAGCAUCAGGUUAUAAUAACAGCGAAAAUGACCAUAUUAUUCUUACUGAUAGCGAAAUUAAUCAUUCCGAUAAUCAAAGCAAUAGUGAUCAGAGUGACAAUGACAGUGAUAGCGAUAAAGAAAGCGACGAUGAAGACAGUAAAUCAAGAGAUAAUUUAAUGUUGGAGUCUCAAGAAGCAGCAUACUACAGUUUAAUGAGUAGAUCACCACUUUUAAACGAAUAAAUAAAAAUAAUAAAAAAAAUAUCAGUACAG